CGUAUUUUUCGAAUUUGAACGUUAAUUUUUUGCAAAGCUAGUAAAAGUAGCGUCGUGUGACAUAGUUUAUUUUUAAAGGAGAACUCGUGGGCAAAGGAUAGUUUAGAACAGCGAUCGUAACUAAGUCAGACAACAACAUAAAAGAUAAAACUUCGCCAUGGAUUUUAUAUCUAAUUUAUUGUUAUUGUAUUUGAAACAUUGUCAAUUAUAGUUUAGGACUAAAGAAACGUGACUUUGGAGUAGUUACUUUAGGUUUGCUAGCAUAACGACCCGCAGCGAUUGCGGCGACCGACGAAAAAAAUCAAAUAGCAAUUUAAUGAGAGAAUCAAUUAGUUUAAAAUGAAAAUUUAUAUAAAUGAUACGACGAAUAAAGCAGUAUCUUGCUAUUGAUUUACAGUGUGUGUUUCAAGCUACAGACAAUAUUAAUUUGUUAUUACUUAAUUAAAUAUUGAAUAUAUGAUAAAAGUGUGAGUAUAGUAAAUUGGUUCAUAAGUUAGUAAAAUGGUUACUAAAGUGGAAAUUGGAUCACCAGAUCCAACCGUGAGUCGGUUGCGAUCUAUAACAUCACAGUUUAUAGCGUCAUCGUCAUCGUUUCUACUCCUCCUGGAUUUAGGGAUGGCAAUAAACUUCUCGACGAUCAUGAUGCCAGCUCUACUUAACGCUACUGAGGGUCUAUCACUGACUGAAACACAAGCGUCCUGGUUUGGGAGCAUGUCAUUUUUGACCCAGCCAGCUGGCGCUUUGAUAUCUGGUCCUAUAGUGGAUUAUUUAGGCAGAAGAAAGGCUAACUUCAUUUCAAACAUACCGGUGAUAGUAGCGUGGCUUCUCAUGUACUUCUCCUGGAAUAUACCAUCUCUCUUCGCUGGAAGUGCUUUAUUGGGAAUCAGUUUAGGAAUUAUGGAAGCACCUAUCAACUCCUAUGUAGGAGAAAUAAGCGAUCCAUCAAUCCGAGGUGCAUUAUGUACGGUCACGCAGUUCUUCGUGUCUGUUGGCAUCCUAAUCAUGUUUUUCCUCGGAACAAUAGUUGACUGGCGUAGUGCUGCACUUAUUUGCCUCAUAGCACCCAUUGCUUCUAUGCUUAUGGUUACUUUUGCGCCAGAAACUCCGGUAUGGCUACUAACAAGAAACCGAGAGAAGGAAGCACUUCAAUCUCUAUGCAAACUCCGCGGCUGGACGACGCCGGAUAACGUUAAAGCUGAAUUUGAUGAACUGCACACCUACAGCAAGAACAUGCCGAAAUGUGUAAUUUGCUGCAAUAAUAACCAGGAGCAAAGUACAUGUGAACACGAAUCCAUGAACUGGUUUGUCAGGCGCACCCUAACAUUUAGGUACGUGAUGCUGUGCAAAGAAACACUCAGACCACUCGCGCUAGUGAUGAUGUACUUUCUCUUCUACGUGAUGAGCGGUCUCGUGCCCAUUCGGCCAAAUCUGAUCAACCUUUGCGGCGCUCUCGGUAUGGCGCAGGAUGGCAAAAACAUUGCGUUCAUGGUUGGCGUCAUCACCUUCAUAACGACGUUUAUAGUCAUCGGCCUCAUCAAACUCGUCGGAAAACGCAAGCUUUCAAUCGCUUCCCUCCUCGGCAGUGCCAUCAGCUGUCUAUUACUCAGUAUAUACGCAAGGAGAAACUUGGAUGACACUGUGUUCUCCUACAAACCUUCCACAUUUCCCACCGAGACUAGCGUCGUGCCAAUCAUUUUAUUGUAUAUGUUGACGAUAUUUACUGGAUUGGGUAUACCGUGGGUUUUGCUUGGUGAACUGUUUCCUUUCAGAAGCAGAGCUUCAGCCCAAGGUCUAUCAGCUGCAAGUAACUACGUAUUCUCCUUCAUUGGUACCAAAACCUUUAUUGAUUUGGAGACUAAUUUCAUGCUCUGGGGAACAUUUGCUGUGUAUGCAACAUUUGGCUUUAUAGGCGCUGCCUAUUUGUACUUCUUCUUACCAGAGACUGAGGGCAAAUCGUUGGUAGAAAUUGAAGAAUUUUAUAAAGGAGAACUGAGGAUUUUUGCUGAUGAUCCAAUCAUAAAUUGUGUUAGGAGACAUAAAAGAUGACCAUUGUAAAGACUAAUUAAUAUAGAAUAAUGUAAGUAAGUACCAUUAAAUCAUAGCACAAGUA